GGGAAUAGCGCCAUCUGUUGAAGUAGGGUACAGUUCUUGACAACGGAGACAACAAACUAUUCCAAUUAAAUUAUAUUUUGUUCGUCUGUCAGCGUCUUAUUAGUAAUAGAAAUUCUUCAUUAAGAGAUCAAGAUGACGACACCAAGAGAGACUGAAACGAAUGAGUAUCUUGAUACACACAGGAUACCUGAGUUGUUUCAUAAUAUCACCAGCCAGCUUGUAUUUCACAGACCGGAGAAUCCAAAGACGUUUAUGAUCGACUACAUCUCCAAGCUGAAAGAAGGUCGUACAACCCAAAUGAAUUAUCCCUGCCUGUUUGAUGAUACAAACAUUGACUCUGUAUUUGGCAUGCUAGACCCCACCAAGAAAGGUCAUAUUACACUUGAGCAGUAUAGAGAAGCAAUGCAAACCAUGGGCUGUCAGAACUUUGAUGAAAAGCCCACUGGGGUAGACCACGGGCGUGUCACAGCAGACAUCUUUGCAAGAGAAGUGAAAGCUGGUUUAAAGAAGGCAUCAGGAACCUUUGAGCCGCUGAUCUAAAACUACUCCUGACUUGUAGCUCAUUGAUCCCAACCAUGGAGGUCAAUUGACUCUCCAUCCAUGGAUGUCCGAGUCCUUCCUGUGAUCCUGCUGGCAGGCUUGAACAUUAUUCUUCAUUUAAAACUUUCAACUUUAUUGAUGAUUAUAAAAGCAUGCUUAUCCACAUAACUGGCAUUCUUUACUGGACUGUUAGAUACUUGAAAUGGGCACCCCCAAAAAAUGCUUGGUUGGAAUGAGACUUCUAUAGUUCUUAAACCCCUUCAAAUUACCUUUCGAGAAUGCUGUGUAGAUAUCAUUCAACAGAGGUAGACCUUUUGUUUGUUUUCAAUGAAUUAAUGGCAAUGAUUCGGUAAAGACAUUCUUUAUUUAUUAAUUGGUACAUGACUCAUUUUUCUCUUCUUUUUUUCUUUCUUUCACCUUUAACAUAGAUUGGAUUCCUAAAAUAUCCACACACAAAAAUCAAAUUGGAAUGUAAGUGAUAACGACUUCAAGUUAUGGAUCCGUCAGCAAUAUGUCAUUGGAUCGUAAAUUAAUUUAUAUCUAUUGGGUUACACAUGUAUUUUCAGGACUUCAGAUAGCAUUCUCCCCAAAUUAUUCUUCCUAAUCCAGGGGUUUUGACAUGAAUUAGACAUAUUUUUAUAUUGAUAAUAUAGAGAAGGAUGCAACAGGAAGUCAUGCAACUUAUUGUUUUGUAAAUAUAAUGUAUAUGUCACUACAUGUAUAAAUAAUUAUUAAUGACUCUGUAAAUAAUAUCAGAUAGAAAGUGUUCUAGCUGUGAUCAA